CCCAGUCCAUCGAUGCCAUAGCCACGGCUCAACCCACAGAGGGGGUAGCGCUACUAGCCCACGGCAGCUUCUCAACACUCCUCACACAGUCACUCGACCUGCCUGUACCAUACGUUGUGAAGCGUGCAGUGUGUCGCCUGGCCGCCUGCACCGUUCAGCACUCCCUGACCAUGUGCACCAUGACGAAUAUCGGGACGUCCCGCUUUGGCACCGCGCCGUUGCUGGGGCCGUUGCUGCUGCCACGUAUUUCGAAUCCGAGGAUUUCGGGGGAGAUUGCCUUUGUACUGCGCGAGUCUGUAUUCGCCGAAGGCUGGCACCAUAUCCAAGAUUCGCCGGGUGUGCCAGAUAGUACGGAUGUAGAUGAGGGUAAUGACGCAGGUAGUGCCCCUGUGAACCCACGUAAGCGCAAGGUCGAAUGCAUUGAUCCAGUGGAGGAUAGAGAGAAUGCGCGAGACAAUACACACGCCCUGGUCAUGGGUACGCUUGAAUGA